GGUUGGCAACACUGCGCUACAGCAUCACAGAGUAAUAGAACAAUAUUUACUAUUCAUUGAUCCUACAUAUAGAAGAAGAAUUAUAACCAUGUUCUUUCAUACGACAACUGGUUCAAUAAGCAUAACCUUUUCAAACCUGUUUGAGGUAUAGCCAUCGUGUACAUCUUGUGUGAGAAUAUAAAGCCCUAUUUAUGACUUAGGAAGAAGAGAGAAUUACAGCAAGACUUCAACACUGAGCACUGUAAAGAUGGAUUCCACAAGCCCCAAAGUUAAGAGGUACAGGCGUGAUGACAGACACUCCAGUGAUGAAGAUGGUGAUUAUGAACCCUACAUCCCAGUCAGGGAACGCAAGAAGCAGAAGCUAAAACAAAUAUUAAAAAUAUCACAGGAUGAUGAUGAUAGUGGGGCCUAUAGUGGCCAUGAGAGAGAUGGAGGGAUACAAGAACAGGAUGUUCAGGAACUAGCACGAAAGAAUAACAUAUCUCUCCUCGACCAGCACACAGAACUUAAGAAAAUUGCUGAAGCUCGCAAGGAAUCUGAAUUGGAGAAACAACGAAGGGAGGAAAAGCGACUCUUAGAAGCUGUUGCAGAGAAGCGAGCACUCAUGGGUGUGUCUGAAUUAGCUCGUGGUGUACAGUACGAGGAUCCUGUAGUUACGGCAUGGAAUCCUCCAAAGCGCAUUCUGGCAAUGGACAACAAACGCCAUGAAAGGGUCCGCAGGAAAUACAAGAUCUUGGUGGAAGGAGAAGAUGUUCCUCCCCCACUUAAAUCAUUUGCCGACAUGAAAUUUCCACGGUGUAUUAUUAAGGCUCUUCAGAAGAAGGGAAUAGAGAAGCCUUCUCCAAUCCAGAUGCAAGGUAUUCCAGCAACCUUAAAAGGACGAGAUAUGAUUGGCAUUGCCUUCACUGGCAGUGGGAAGAGCAUGGUGUUUAUAUUGCCCAUUGUUAUGUUCUGUCUUGAACAAGAGAAAAAGCUUCCAUUUAUGAGCAAUGAGGGGCCAUAUGGUCUCAUCAUUGUGCCAUCUCGUGAGUUGGCCAAACAAAUAAAAGACAACAUUGAUUAUCUCUGCAAGUUCAUUGAAGCUGAUAAUUUACCUGAAUUAAAAACUUGUCUUGCCAUUGGUGGAGAGCCAGUAGCAACAGCACUUCAGAUCAUUCGAAAGGGCGUUCACAUCAUGGUGUGCACACCAGGUCGGCUGAUUGAUAUGCUGGACAAGAAGAUGGUACGUCUUGAUGUGUGCAGAUAUCUGGUGAUGGACGAGGCUGACAGAAUGAUUGAUAUGGGCUUUGAAGAGGAUGUUCGUACUAUUUAUUCCUACUUUAAAGCCCAAAGACAGACUCUUCUCUUCUCAGCCACAAUGCCUAAGAAGAUCCAGAACUUUGCCCGAUCUGCCCUAGUGAAGCCCGUAACAGUAAAUGUUGGCAGAGCUGGAGCCGCCUCCAUGCAGGUCAUCCAAGAGGUGGAGUAUGUAAAGCAGGAAGCCAAAGUGACCCACAUUUUGACUUGCCUCAACAAAACAUCUCCUCCAGUUCUUAUCUUUGCUGAGAAGAAGCAGGAUGUUGACCUUAUACAGGAAUACCUGUUGCUGAAAGGUGUCACAGCUGCAGCUAUACAUGGAGGCAAAGACCAAGAGGAGAGAUCGGCUGCUGUUCAAGCCUAUCAGAGAGGGGACAAGGAUGUUCUGGUUGCCACUGAUGUGGCCUCAAAGGGUUUAGACUUCCCUGGCAUCCAACAUGUGAUCAACUAUGACAUGCCAGAUGACAUUGAAAACUAUGUCCAUCGAAUUGGCCGUACUGGUCGAUCAGGGCAACACGGUGUGGCCACUACAUUCAUCAAUAAAGCCAAUGAUGAAUCAGUGUUGUUGGAUCUUAAACAUUUGCUGAUUGAGGCCAAACAAAAGGUUCCUCCAUUCUUGACAAUGGCUGGGGGAUGUGAUGAAGAACUUAUGGAUUCCCUUGAGGCUGGUGGAGGAGACGAGCGUGGAUGUUCGUACUGUGGUGGUCUGGGUCAUCGCAUCACUUCCUGUCCUCGCUUGGAAGCGAUGCAGAAUAAACAAGCCGCAGGAAUUGGCCGUAAAGAUUAUCUGGCAGCAAAUGCCGCUGACUAUUAAUCAGGAAUUGUGUUUAAGGGAUGAUGCAUUAUUCCCUUUGCUAGUUUAGCAGUUUGAUCUUAAUACAAUAAAUAUGUACUGCACUCCUUGACCAUUGAAACAAGAAAUUUUGGUGUUCCUCACUGCCUGUAAAUUUUUUAAGAUUUGUUAUAACUCUGGAGUUGAUGAACUACCGGGUAAUUACGAAUUUCAAUAAUUAUUUCUAAGACAA